GUCAUUGAAGACCAGGACUAUGCCGGGACAGGUAAAGUUGAAUUGUGUGAUUCGAGAGUGAUGGAAGCGUGAAUUUGAGAGACAGAGAGAGAGAGAGUUGAUGAGAGAGAAAGAUUAGGGAGAAAGGUGAUGCGAGGGGAAAGUUUCGUUUCGAGUUUCCCACAGCGCCAGAGUUCACCAGGUCCAAGCUUCUCUCUAAACCCUCUCUGCAACGCAUAUGACUCGAACUCCGGUGUAGUAAACCCUAAUAUCGGCAUAUUUCUUCCCUUUUGGCACCAAAUCAGUUCCGGUUCGCGUUGAUUAACGAUUUUAUUGUCCAUUUACGGGAAUCGCUCACUUAAUUGCAUUCCAUGCCCUAUUCAUGAAGAGGCGCGGUCUAUCUCUGGAGAAGGAUUACUCUGUUUUCGAGUUCAAUGACGAGGCUGUAGAGCAGCAAUCGAUCAAAGUCAUGGGGAAAUACGCUUCUCAUCAUAACCCUAAGGUCGAUGAAUCUGGUGUCACCAAGUACCAGUUCCUAGAAUGUUUUUCCAAAACAAACAAUGCUCCACAAGCAGGGGUGCAUGAUGGAUGUUGCUUAGAUUUCAUGCCAACUGGUAUUAGUGAAAAGUCUGGUCCUUCAGUUGUCUAUCAGAAUCAUGAACUGUAUACUGUGAACAAGUCGGGAUUGAAUGGUACAUGUGAAGAAGCAUCUCUCGGGUUGAAGGACAUAUUAGUAACUUCCUCUCAAGAUAUCAACGAGGCAGCUAGACAUACUAUUCAAGGAAAUUACGAAUCCGGAGUCUUUAUGUCUCGAGCAGAUUCUCUUCCAUCGGAGUUCUUAGGCCUUGAAGUUCCUUGCAAGUAUCCCAACCAAGUGAAGGAUACACCACUACAAGCAGAGGUCUCUCUGGAAUCUUUGCAGGAAAAUUUGGUUGAUGUGGCUUCAGAUGGUGAAGGAAGCUUAAUGAAAAGUUCUGUUUCAACUUCUGAUUCCAAUCUUUCGGGAGAUGAAGGAGUCAUGGAACCUUCAACUUCAGAUCAUUGUUCGAGUGGUUAUUGUGAUAAGGGGACUGAAUGUUCAGAGGUUGCCUUUACAUCUGAUUUUGUGUUUUGUGGGAAGAGACACUACCAAGAUCCACGGUUGACUUUCUUUUCUGAGUGUAUUAAACUUGAGGUUCCUUUUGCUAAUGGAAAUGAUGCAACUCUUAGCUGGAAAUGGGGGCUUCUUGAUAUUUUCUCAAUUGAGUAUAACUGGGUCGAAAGUGUUUCAGCUACUUGGCUCAGACUUCACUUAAGCCCCACAGCUAUGACGGAUGGGGAGAGUGUAUGGGAUGCUUCUGGUGGUGUUGUCAAAUUGAUAUUCGCGGUGAAUGAUCCAAAUUGGUUAGAGAAAGUGCACAUGAUUACUUUUCUAUCUGACAGAUACAAAGAUAUUUGCAAUGCUCCUUAUGAUUCGGAUUGCAAUAGCGAGAAGAUUAAUGACGAUGAUUCCAUGGGUAUCCAAGCAGAGAUGAGCAAUAACCCGUAUUUAACUAGGUGCAAUGAGCCUUUUGAAGAUCUAGUUUAUCCUAAAGGGGAUCCUGAUGCGGUAUCUAUUGGUAAGAGAGAUGUUGAAUUGUUACAACCUGAGGUAUUUGUCAACGAUACCAUCAUUGACUUUUACAUCAAGUAUCUUCAAUGCAAGCUUGAAGAACAUGAUAAAAACAGGUUCCAUUUUUUUAAUAGUUUUUUCUUCCGAAAGCUAGCAGAUCUGGACAAGAAUCCUGGUUGUGCUUUUGAAAGCAAGGCAGCUUUUCAGCGCGUUAGGAAGUGGACACGCAAAGUAAACAUGUUCAAAAAGGAUUACAUUUUCAUACCAGUAAAUUUCAACUAUCAUUGGAGUUUGAUGGUUAUCUGUCAUCCUGGCGAAGUAGUUAAAUCAGAAGAUGACAACGAUCACAAAGUUCCUUGCGUUUUGCAUCUGGAUUCAAUCAAAGGAAGCCAUAAAGACCUCAAGGAUCUUGUUCAGGGUUAUCUUUGGGAGGAAUGGAAGGAAAGGCACGCAGAAGAAAAGGAAUCAUGUGAGAAUGCAUUAGUGAAUUUUUCAAACAUGCGAUUUAUACCUCUUGAGCUACCUCAGCAGGAAAAUUCAUUUGAUUGUGGUCUCUUCUUGCUGCAUUAUGUGGAAUUAUUUCUUAGGGAUGUGCCAACGAAUUUCAGUCCCUUCAAGAUAACUAAAUAUUCCAAUUUUCUUACAAAGGAUUGGUUUCCUCCUGUCGAAGCUUUCUCGAAGCGCUUUCAUCUGCAGAAGCUAAUCUAUGAUCUCCAUGAUGACCAUAUUCGAACUAUUCCUCCUUCACACAGCUCUUCAGAUGAUGAGUCCACUGGAAUCGGGGAUACUGAAGUUGGAGACCAGAUUAUUGAUUUUGUAACCGAGGAAUGUGCUGGAGCUAAUCUGUGCCUUGGCAAUUCUUUUCACUCCACAGUUGAAGCAAAUGAAUCAAGCAAUAGCAACUUACUGAUAAGUUUGCCCGUGCAUGAUGGUGUUGUUGGAGAUGAGGCAUGCCUCCAUGACAACGCUGGUGGGACAAUAUGUGCUGACUUUCUCAUGCAUGAUGCUCCUUGUGCUACAUCCCCUGAUGGGCAAACUCGACCCUUCCAGGAUGCCUCAUCUCCGCCCCUGCUUGAUUGUGCUCUCAAUCGUCUCAAGGCUUAUAUUGUAGAUGGUAAUGAGCCCAUGGAACCCGAACUUGCACUGUCUCCCACUCAGAAACCGGUUCACAUCGCACGUCCUGAAACAUCCAUAGCAUGCACUGAGGACGUCAUCUCUGGCUCAAAGGAAUCACUCCAAAUCCAAGCCUCUCCACCUCACAAUAACCAUUUCCCCCAACCUAGUAAAUCAGCCUGCUCAGCUAGCUCAUCAAGCUGCGGUUCUCAGGCUGUCUGGCCACCUCAUCAGCACAAUGUGGACCCCACUACCCAAGACCAUGAACGAGCAGCAACAGUCCCUGCCCCCACCUCAACUGAAGACCAUGACUGUGUUCCCUUGAGCCCAGUGUCAGUUUCUAGUGAGAGGGCAAGGCUCUCUGUGACUGAGGCCUCUUUCCUUGAAGAUGAUAACAAUAACCAUACAGUGGCUGAGAGCAAGGAGAGUGGGGACUCAUUUUUCUCUUGCCCAGAUAACCUGCCUGCCCCUCCUAUCCGGGACCCCGAGCUGCCAGAAAAUGGGGGUUUAUUGCCAGGAAAUAUAGAUUCUGGCAAAGAUUUGACUGGAAACGAUGACUGCAUGGAGAUAACUGAUGAGGUCUUAUCAGAGGAGCAGAUGAAGAUGACUAGCCCUAAGCGGAUGAAGCUGGGGUUGGAUGUGGGUCCUGAGAGGCAGGCAUUCACAGAGACUGGCUGAGAGACAGGAAUUUUGAUGCUUUUCCAACUCUUUUGGAGUCUUUUUUUGGUGGCGGGGGGUUGUUUUGUACAUUCUUGUAUCUGACACGGUAUCUGAUGCAAUUUUGGAGCAAUGAUUUGGAGGCUUAUUCAUGGUGCUCAAAUUCGUCCGAGAAAGACGUUAGUUGUUGCUCGGGUUUGGCUAACCCUCUCUCUCUGUAUCAUAUCAGUUUCAUCUGGUUUGGCAGAUUUAUGGUUUACUUGACUGAUCUUGUAAAAGUUUCUGACGCAUUGUAGAUUAUCGCAUGGGUUGAUGACUAAAGGUUUUGAAUAAAACUAAACAUAAAAUUUAUUUGAAAUUUUAUGACCCAAAAAUAGGAAAA